AUGGGAUCAGAAGAACACCCUAGCGUCUUAUUUCCUCAAGGCAGUGUUGAAGUUAGUCGAAUUAUGACACCCGAUGACACAAACAUUGCCGGAAAUGUCCAUGGGGGCACGAUACUGCACAUGAUAGAACAAGCAGGUGUCAUUAUAGCUACUAGGCAUUGCAAUAAGAAUCAGCCUGUGGGCCGGCCAGUAGUUUGGGCCGCCUUGGUUAGGGUCGAACAGACCAACUUUGUCAAACCAAUGUUUGUUGGUGAACUUGCGACCGUUCAUGCGAAUUUGGUGUACAGUUCAAAACAUUCACUAGAAGUUCAAGUUUUGGUAUUUGCUGAGAAUUUACUCAAGGAGGAGCAUAAGUUAUGUAAUAAGGCUUGUUUGUGGUAUGUGCCGAUAGCGGUGGAAAGUAGGGCAGGGGCCGUAAGCGAGGUACCACCCCUACAGUAUAAGUCGAAAGAGGAUGAGGAGGCGGGGAGGAAGCGUUACGAAGUACAGUUGCAAUCUCGGAAGGCCAAGGAGGAACUUUUGUCUAAG